AUGUCCUCGGAUCAAACAUCCUCAGAAAAUCAAGGUGAGAACCAAAUUAGGUCUUACGAAUGCACCUUCUGCAAGAAGGGUUUCUCUAAUCCUCAGGCACUUGGUGGGCAUAUGAACAUUCACAGGAAGGUCAAAGCCAAGCUGAAGCAAUCUUCAGGAGAUCAGAAAUCGAAAAAAUCCUUGAGCAUCCAUACUGCUCAUCAAGACAGAGUCAAUACCUCUGGUUCGGUCAGAUCCAACAUAGCAAACAUGCCAUCAGUAUCCCCAUAUAGCAAAAUGAAAACAUCGGCGACAUGGCCUUGUAUCUCUUCAUCGGAGGAUAGAAAAUCUUCCAGAGGUGAGUCGAAAUCCAUUGAUGCAAAGCCAAUUUAUAAUCAAUUUUCCAAAAAACCUCUAGAGGGGUUGCCAACUUGUCAAGAAUCCCAGAGUGCAGUAUUGGACCUCGAGUUGAGAUUAGGCAGUGAGCCAACAAAAUCAGGAGCUACUACGAGCACAAAAAAUUGUUUUUAA